GCCUACGCCAGGGCAGCGUCCGGGACGCCGCCGGUGCCCGCCGACCCAUGGAGGAGCCCCGGGGGCCCGGGGGGCAGAAGGACCUGGGCUACCUGCAGCAGUGGCUAGAAGCCUUCGUGGCCAACUUCGAGAAAGUCAUCGCCGUCCAGUCUCUGGAGCCGCGCCGGCCGGAAGAAGCGGUGUCGGAGAUCCCCAGCCUGCCCCGGGAUCUGCUCCAGGUCCUGAGCCGACAGCUGAGCGUCUGCGUGGAGUGUCUGCGACGCCACCGGCCCGACGGGGACGGGGACGGGGCCACCCGGGCCGGCCCGGCCCGGGCCUUGCUCCUGGUCAAGUUCUUCAUCGUCAUCUGCAGGAAUCUGGAGAACAUCCAGGCCGACAAGACUCCCGUGUUCGUACCCCAGGUCAUCGCGCUGCUGGAAGUCUGCACCGCCCAGCUCCGGAGCAGCCGCCCGCCGUCGGCCCAGCUGGAGACGGUGGCCACGCACGUCCUCCUCCUCUGCGAAUGGCUCUUCGACCCCUACCAGACCUGGCGGCGACACCUGAGCGGGGAGGUGGUGAGCCCUAAGGAGAGGAGCAGGUAUAAGUUUUCCGCCGCCGCCCUGCCCCAGGCCUUCGGCGACGUCUUCCAAGAGUGUCUCCGGGAAGGCCGGCGGCCCCUGCCCUCGGGCCUCCAGCUCCGCCUGGUCCACGUCUUCGGGGCGGUCGUCUCCGGCGGGAAGGAGAACGCGCUGGCGGCCGUGGGCCCGGGCUCGGUGGGCGCGCUGCUGGGCGUCCUGCGGGCCCGCUGCGGCCCCCCGGGGCCCCCCGAGGACCCCCGGCUCCUCCGGUCGGCGCUGAGGGCCCUGGUGGCGUCCGUCCACCUCCUGCACGGCUGCGGAGCCCCCCGGCGAGGGCCUGAGCUGCGGGCGCUCCUGGACGGGUACUUCCACCUGCUCAACGCCGACCGGCCCGGCCCCGACGCCCCUGCCCACUGGCACGACGGCGUCGUCUCGCUCAGGAUCGGCAUGCUGGACGCCAUCCCCUGGAUGCUGGACUGUGAGGACCGCCCCACCCUGCAGGCGGAUUUCCUCGGCAACAACUGCUUCGAGCACAUCCUCCGCCUCCUCCAAAACAGCAAGCUCUACCAGGGCCCCCGGUGCCCGGCCGCCCAGUUAGCGCCCGAGACGGGCGCCCAGAAGGUGCCGGACGGGGACGAGGACGCCAUCGCCGUCCGCGCCGUCGCCGUCCUCACUGCCAUCAUGAGCAACUCGCCGGCUGCCAAGGAAGUGUUCAAGGAGAGGAUUGGCUACUCCCACCUGUUUGAGGUCCUCCAGUGCCAAGGCCCCCCGACGCGGCGUCUACUACAGGAGCUGCUCAACAUGGCGGUGGAAGGCGACCACGAGUCCCGCCCGCCCCCGGCCAUCCAGAACGAGCAGCCCCUCCUGUUCCUGGCGCGCUGGCUCCCGGCCCUGCCCGGCGCGGCCCUGCGGGUGUCGGUGGCGGAGCGGCUGCGGGCCCUGGGCGACGCCGGGCCCCGCAGCCGCUCGGCCUGCGUGCGGGCCGGCCUGGUGGACGGCCUGCUGGACGCCCUGGGCGCCGGGCCGGGGCUGGGCCCCCGCUGCGCCCACCAGCUGCUGCAGCUGCUGCGGGCCCUGGGAGGCGUCUCCCUGCGGGCCGGCCAGCUGCGCCGCCUCUUCCGCCUGCCGGGGCCCGCGGCCGGCCCCGUGGUGCGGGCGCUGGCGGGCAUGGCCCGCCGCCGGGGCCCCCACCGCGCCCUGCGCUACUUCGACCUGGCGCCGGGGAUGGCGGGCAUCAUGGUGCCGCCCGUCCAGCGCUGGCCCGGCCCGGCCUUCUCCUUCCACGCCUGGCUCUGCCUCGACCCCGAGCCGGCCGCCCGCCGGAGGCGGAGGCAGCUCUACAGUUUCUUCACCUCCAGCGGCACCGGGUUCGAGGCGUUCUUCACAGCCGGCGGGACUUUGGUGGUGGCCAUCUGCACCAAGAAGGAGUACAUGACCUUGGCGCUGCCUGAGUUCCCCUUCAAGGACUCGUCCUGGCACUCCAUCGCGGUGGUCCACCUCGCAGGCCGCCGGCCCUUCGGCCAGGACCUGGUCAACGUCUACGGCGACGGGCGGCUCCUCAGGACGGCACCGCUCCGGUGCCCGUCGCUCGGCGAGGCCUUCUCCUCCUGCUGCAUCGGCUCGGCCGGCCACCGCACCGCGAUGACCACCGCCGCCUGGCCCGCGCCGGCCCGCCGCCCGGACCCGGCCCACCCGCUGCUGGCCCGCUCCCAGUCCUUCCCGGCCGGCCCGGGGCCCCCGGCGGCGGGCGCGGGCUACCUACUGGCCGCCGGGGUGGCCACGACGGUGGCCGGCAGCCAGGACGUGGAGUGGGGCAGCCCCACGUCCCUGGAGGGGCAGCUGGGGUCGGUGGGCGUCUUCCACGAGGCCCUGCAGCCGGCUCACGUCAAGGCCCUCCACGCCGCAGGGCCCAACGAGAUGUCUCCCUUCAAGCCCGAGAGCGAACUACACGAGCUGAGCAACAAGCUGCUACUGUACUACACGCCUCAGGCUUGCCAGAAGAACAUCUGCCUGGACUUGUCGCCGGGGCAUAGUCUGGACGGGAGGCUGACCGGCCAUAAAGUAGUCAACUGGGAUGUCAAGGACGUGGUGAACUGUGUGGGCGGCAUGGGGGCCCUGCUGCCCCUCCUGGACCAGGUGGCCGCCCAGGCGCGGGAGACGGAGGCGCUGGGCGAGCCCCAGCACCUGCUGGACCCCGAGCCGCCCGCCGCCCGGGAUGCCCAGGGCCUCCUCAGCCCCCUGGCAGAGGCCUCCGAGGGCCGCCUGGAGCGGAAUGGAGUGGCCGCCUUCCUCCUGAUGGUGAAGAACUUCCUCCGCGGGCACCCGGUGAACCAGGAGAGCUUAGUACAGUGCCACGGGCCGGCCAUCAUCGGGGCGCUGCUGCAGGAGGUGCCCAGCCACGCCAUGGACAUGAACGUGCUGGUGGCCGCCCAGAUGCUCAUGGAGCAGGUGGCAGCAGACGGGCCCGGCCCGCUGCGGCAUCUACUCUACCAACACCUGCUCUUCAACUUCGCCCUCUGGAGCCGCAGCGACUUCGCCGUCCGCCUGGGCCACAUCCAGUAUCUGUCCAGCACGUUGAAAGAUCACAGACAGCGAGUGCGAAGGAAAUACGGGGUGCAAUACAUCCUGGACGCCAUGCGCACUCAUUACAGCCCGCCGCAGGCCGGCCCCCCGGCGCCGGACGACCUCCGCACGGUGCAGACGGCGCUGCUGGGCCUGGUCAAGGACUUCCUGGGCCGCGGCGGCGCCUCCUCCUCCGAGCUGCACGGCCUGCUGGGCUACCUGGCCGCCACGGCCGACCAGAGCCAGGCCUGCGGCGUGCUGGACGUCAUCCUGGACCUGCUGAAGGCGCCCCCGGCCCAGGACCAAGUGGGCAACUUCCUGCUGGAGCCGGGCAACGUGGAGGUGCUCUUCGCCCUCCUGGUGCGGCCCGCCGCCUCCGACGGCCUCCGGGACCGGCUCUUCAAGAUCCUGUACAGGCUGCUGCGGAGCGAGCGCGUGGUGGAGCGCAACAAGCAGCGACUGCGGCUGAAGGAGCCCGGCUUCCGCGGCCUCAUCGCCUGCCUCCCCGACGGGCCCGUCUCCCCCCGGCUCUGCCGCUGCCUCUGCGACCAGGUCCUCGGCGCCGACUGCCCAGACCUCGGAGACCUGCUCGCCGUGGUGACCCUGGCCCAGCGAGCCCCCCUGGCCGUCCGCCUGGACAUCUGUCGCAAGCUGUUCCACCUGAUCUACGGGCAGCCGGAGGUGGUGCGCCAACUGGCCCGGCAGGUGGGUUGGCAGGACGCGCUCCCCCGCCUGUACGUCCGCGACGGCCCCCGGGCCCCGGCCGAGCCGGCCGACGUCUUCCUGCCGCUGCCCCCCGAGGCCUCGCCCCCGGGCCCGGCCCGCGGGCGAGGCCGCGACCCCUCGGCGGGCGGCUCGUCCUCGUCCUCGUCCUCGUCCUCGUCGUCGUCGUCCGCCCAGGCCCCGCCGGGCUGCGACGGCCCCUACCAGCCCCUCUCGCCCUUCGGCUCGCCCUUCGACCCGGGGCCCGAGCUGGGCAGCGUGGGCUCGGACGCCACGGCGGGCAGCAGCGGGAACCUGACGCCCGUCAGCCAGCCGGGCACCCCCUCGCCGGACCCGCUGGACGGGGGCCGCCCCUUCCCCCCGCCGCGGGGCCGGCACAGCUCCAGCCUCUCCAACGUGCUGGACGACGGCAGUUCCCAGGACGCCGGGGGGCCCGAGGACGACGCCUCCAGCGCUAGCAACCCCCAGCAAGCCCCCGAGGAGGAGCUGAGCAACCUGCUGACCAACAUCCUGUUCUCGCUGACCUGGCGCGGCGUGGAGGGCGGCGACGAGGCCGCCUGGCGGGAGCGGGGCCAGGUCUUCUCCGUCCUCACCAAGCUGGGCGCCGCGGGCCAGCUGGUGCGGCCGCCCGACGAGAUCAAGCGCAGCCUCCUGGAAAUGAUGGUGGAAUCGGCCCUGUCAGACCUGCAGGAAGCGGGGCCCGCGGCCCUGCCCGCCCUCACCCACAACGUGCUCAAGCUGCUCCGCCUGCUGCAGGACUUCCUGUCCUCCGAGGGUCACGCCAACCAGGGCCUGUGGAGCGAAAAGCUGUUCGAGGGGUCGACCACCUUACUGGACCGCCUGGGCGCCUGGCAGCACCUGGCCGACGGCCCCGCCGACCUGCAGGAGAUGGCGCAGAUCGGGCUGCGGCUGCUCGUCGGCUACAUGCUACUGGACGACACCCAGCUGCACGCCCUGGCCCACGUGAAGCUGCACGGGCUGCUGCAGACGGCGACGCCUCCGCGCCGCCAAGAGGCCUGCUACCUCCUGGCCAAGCUGGAGGCCCCGCUGGGCCGGGCGCUGGACGCCAAGUCGGAGCGCUGCUCGUGGCUGGUGCCCCUGAUGCGGGCGCUGCUGGACCGCGCCUAUGCCACCCUGGGGCUGCAGUGGGGGCUGCCCUCCUUGCCCCCCACCAACGGCAGCCCCACCUUCUACGAGGACUUCCAAGCCUUCUGCGCCUCCCCGGAGUGGCGCGCCUUCAUCGACAAGCAGGUGCAGCCGACCAUGUCGCAGUUUGAGAUGGACACCUACGCCAAGAGUCACGACCUCAUGUCCAACUUCUGGAACUCCUGCUACGACGCCCUGCUCAGCAACGCUCAGCGCCGCGAGAAGGAGCGGGCCGAGAGCCGCGCCCUCUUCCAGGAGCAGGUGUUGGAGCCUGUGCGGCAUCGGGCGCGGACGGAGGCCCUGCGCUACAGCUCGGUUCAGAAGCAGCAAUCGUCCCAGCGGGCCACGGUCCUGCUGCACUGGGCCGCCCUGCGACGCCUCCUCACGGCCCCCUGCUCCGCUUGGGCCGACAGGGACCCACCCCCGACCCGCUGGCGACUGUCCAGCGCGGAGACAUACUCCCGCAUGCGGCUGAAGCUCAUCCCCAACCACCGCUUCGACGGGCACAAGGAGGCCAGUGCCCUGAGGGACAACCUGGGUGCCAACCCCCCGGCCGCCCCCGCGGACUCGCUGCCCCUCGCCGUGGCCAAGGAAGCCCGGGUCAACGCGCUGGAGGAGGACCAGCUGGGCAAGGAGGAGCUGGCCAUGCUGGACACCGCCGCGGAGCCCAAGGAGCCCGGCGGGCAGCGGGAGAAGCUGGUCCUGUCGGAGGAGUGCCAACUCAUCACCAUCGUGGCCACCGUCCCGGGCCGCUUGGAGGUCACCACGCAGAACCUCUACUUCUACGACGGCAGCAGCGAGAAGGAGGAGACCGAGGAAGGCAUCGGCUACGACUUCCGCCGGCCUCUGGGGCAGCUGAGGGAGGUGCACCUUCGCCGCUACAACCUGCGCCGCUCGGCCCUCGAGUUCUUCUUCAUCGACCAGGCCAACUAUUUCCUCAACUUCCCCCGCAAGGUCCGGAACAAGGUGUACUCCUGUAUCCUGGGCCUGCGGCCUCCCAGCCACGGCUACCUCGGCAGCCACUCGCCCCAGGAGAUGCUCAAGGCCUCCGGACUGACCCAGAAAUGGGUGAACCGGGAGAUCUCCAACUUCGAGUAUCUCAUGCAGCUCAACACCAUCGCCGGCCGCACCUAUAACGACCUCUCCCAGUACCCAGUGUUUCCCUGGAUCCUGCGGGACUAUGUAUCGGACACCCUGGACCUGAGCGACCCGUCCGUCUUCCGGGACCUGUCCAAGCCCAUCGGGGUGGCCAACCCCCGACACCGGCAGCUCGUCCGCGAGAAGUACGAGAGUUUCGAGGACCCCACGGGUGGCAUCGACAAAUUCCACUACGGCACCCAUUAUUCCAACGCCGCCGGAGUGAUGCAUUACCUGAUCCGCACGGAGCCCUUCACCUCCCUGCACAUCCAGCUGCAGAGCGGCCGCUUCGACUGCUCGGACCGCCAGUUCCACUCGGUGCCCGCCGCCUGGCAGGCCCGGAUGGAGAGCCCGGCCGACGUCAAGGAGCUGAUCCCCGAGUUCUUCUACUUCCCCGACUUCCUGGAGAACCAGAACGGUUUCGACCUGGGCAGCCUCCAGCUGACCAACGAGAAGGUGGGCGACGUGGUGCUGCCCCGCUGGGCCCGCUCGCGGGAGGACUUCAUCCACAAACAUCGGCGAGCCCUGGAGUCGGAGCACGUGUCCGCCCACCUGCACGAGUGGAUCGACCUGAUCUUCGGCUACAAGCAGCGCGGGCCGGCCGCCGUGGACGCCCUCAACGUGUUCUACUACUGCACCUACGAGGGGGCCGUGGACCUGGACGCGGUGGCCGACGAGACGGAGCGGAAGGCGUUGGAGGGCAUCAUCAGCAACUUCGGGCAGACGCCCUGCCAGCUGCUGAAGGAGCCCCACCCGCCGCGGCUGUCGGCGGAGGAUGCCGCCCAGCGCUUGGCACGGUCGGAUGCCCACUCGCCCAACAUCUUCCGGGACCUGGGCCAACUCAAGGCCUUCUUCGUGGAGGGCAUCAGCGACGGCGUGCCCCUGGCACAGGCCGUGGUGCCCCACCGCCAGGCCCACUCCUUCAUCACCCAAGGCUCCCCGGACCUGCUGGUGACCGUGAGCGCCAACGGGCUGCUGGGCACCCACAGCUGGCUUCCCUACGACCGCACCAUCUCCAACUACUUCACCUUCGGCAAGGACCCCACCGUGGGCAGCGCCAGGACGCAGCGCGUGCUGAGCGGGCCCUGGGCGGCGGCGGCGGCGGCGGCGGCGGGCGGCCUGAGCGGGAAGGCCCUGGCCGUGGCCCCCGACGGCAAGCUGCUCUUCAGCGGGGGCCACUGGGACUGCAGCCUGCGCGUCACCGCCCUGCCCCGCGGAAAGCUGCUCUGCCAGCUCACCCGGCACUUUGACGUGGUGACCUGCCUGGCGCUGGAUCUCUGUGGCAUCUACCUGAUCUCGGGCUCCCGGGACACCACCUGCCUGGUGUGGCAGGUUCUGCAGCAGGGAGGGCUGUCCGUGGGCCUGGCCCCCAGGCCCGUGCAGGUCCUCUACGGCCACGUGGCCGCCGUGUCCUGCGUGGCCAUCAGCACCGAGCUGGACAUGGCCGUGUCGGGCUCCGAGGACGGAGUGGUGAUCCUGCACACGGUGCGGAGGGGUCAGUUCGUGGCUUCCCUGAAGCCCCCCGGGGGCGCGGUGCCCGGGCCCGUGGGACUCCUGGCCGUGGGGCUCGAGGGCCAGAUCGUCGUCCAGAGCUCGGCCCGGGAGCGGCCCGGAGCCCAGGAGAGCUGCUCCCUGCACCUCUACUCGGUGAACGGGCGGCUACUGGAGUCGCGGCCCCUGGAAGAGCGGCCCACCGCCCUCCUGCUGGCUGACGCCUUCGUGCUCCUGGGCACUGCCCAGUGCGCCCUGCACAUCCUGCACCUCCACAGCUUGGACGCCGCGGUGCCACCUCUGCCCAUGAAGGUGCCCGUCCGCAGCGUGGCCAUCACCAAGGAACACAGCCACGUGCUGGUGGGCCUGGAGGACGGGAAGCUCAUCGUCGUGGGCGCCGGGCAGCCUGCGGAGGUCCGCUCGGGCCAGUUUGCCAGGCGGUUGUGGCGGUCCACCCGCCGCAUCUCCCAGGUGUCCUCGGGAGAGACCGAAUACAACCCUCCGGAGCCCAAGUGAGCGCCCGCCUCGCCGGACUCGGCCUUCCCGCCCUGCCCCCUCGGGCCUAGCUCCUCCUCCGCUCCUGGGGACCCCUGCUCUGCCCUGUGCCCCCCGAAAGGGGACCUUGUGGGCGGCCUGCCGUGUCUGGGGGACGAGGUGGCCCGUGGCCACUAGUUGACCGCCCCCAACCCCCAGUAUAGGCCGCGGGUCAAGCUGGUCCUCAGACGGGGCGGAAGAUGCCAGCCCGUAGGACCCCCAGGCCGGAGCGGAGGGGCCUGGGGAAGGGGGUCUUGAGUAUCCAGGGUAUCCGGGACCCCUCCCCAACCCCCUGUGCAAUAUUGGCCCCCGACCUACUGUAUGGACUCCCCCGGAGGUAUAAAUAUAUAAAUAGCUGUACAGGCAGACCAGGAGAUCCAGCGGGCAGAGGCAUCUCCCCCUCGGUGUGGCACUGGCGCCUUGCCCGCCUGCUCAGGGAUUGGUGGGGGCGGGCGAUGCCCCCUCGCAGGGAU